AUGAAGAACUCAAACAUGGCUUCUUUCUUAGGUCACUUCUGCGCUGUUUUGCUACUGAUCAUGGUCAUGGCCACCAUAAACACGCCAGUCGGAGCUUCUAAGGAAUUUGAAGUUGGCAAUGGCGUGGGUUGGCGUCAGCCUCGCGUUAACGAGACUGAACUGUAUAAUCAUUGGGCUGCAAGGAGGAGAUUUCAUGUUGGAGAUUCACUCCGCUUUGAGUAUAAGAACGAUUCAGUUCUUGUGGUGGAUAAAUGGGGAUACUAUCACUGCAACACAAGCAAUCCGAUCUCCGUCUUCAGCGAUGGGAACACUGUGAUCAAUCUCGAUAGGCCUGGCUCCAUCUACUUCAUAAGUGGCGAUCCCGAUCACUGCAACAACGGCCAGAGGCUGGUUGUGGAGGUGAUCACACUGCACCCGAUUUCGCACACUCCUCACUCCAUUGCCAGUCCUCCUCAACCUUAUUCAGCCAUGUCUCCAGGACCAUCAACACAUUCAAGCUCAGGAGAAUCAGUUUCAGUGACAAUGGUUUCAGCACUCAUGGCUCAUAUUGCCACUUAUGUGACACUUCUAUUGCUUUCACCAUAG